AUGGCAGAGCCAGGUCCCAGGGGCAGACAGCACGUGCGUCGUCUGCAGCAGCUGGAGGACAUUCGCCCAAGUGGGCAGAACCCCAGGCCCAGGAGGCAUGACCACGGACGGCCAACAAGCGACGCUCUGGACAAGCAAUGGAAUGUGAUGCCUAAGACCGUGGACGGGCAGAUAACCAUGGAGAAGACGCCGAGUUACUUUGUGACAAAUGAGGCCCCCAAGCGCAUCCACUCCAUGGCCAAGGACAUCAAACUGAUCGUGGUGGUGAGAAACCCUGUGACCAGGGCCAUCUCUGACUACACCCAGACCUUGUCCAAGAAGCCCGAGAUCCCCACCUUCGAGGUGUUGGCCUUCAAAAACCGGACCCUGGGGCUGAUCGAUGCCUCCUGGAGUGCCAUUCGCAUAGGGCUGUACGCGCUGCACCUGGAGAACUGGCUGCAGUUCUUCCCCCUCUCCCAGAUCCUCUUCGUCAGCGGGGAGCGGCUCAUCGUGGACCCCGCCGGGGAAAUGGCCAAAGUACAGGAUUUUCUAGGCCUCACGCGUGUUGUGACUGAGAAGCAUUUCUAUUUCAAUAAGACCAAGGGGUUCCCUUGCCUCAAGAAGCCAGAAGACAGCGGCGCCCCCAGGUGCUUAGGCAAGAGCAAAGGUCGGACUCAUCCUCGUAUUGACCCGGAUGUGAUCCACAGACUGCGGAAAUUCUACAAGCCCUUCAACGUGAUGUUUUACCAAAUGACUGGUCAAGAUUUCCAGUGGGAGCAGGAAGAGGUUGACAAAUAAGGCUAGAGAUGUGAGGGAAGGCUAGGGAGCAGCUGAGGAGACCCCUUACCUGAGUCCCGAAUCCCCAGGGUCGCAGCCUCAGCCUUGCUGGAGUGUCACCUAGGUCUCCCCCAUCUUCCAGCUGGGAUAGCUUCCCUACAAAGCAGCCAGGCCUGCCUGGGCAGCAGCAUCU